UCGUGAAAAAAACUAAUGAAGCUAAUGGAGACGAAAUCAUAUCAACUGAGGAAGAAGCAGAAGACAAAAAAUAAUUAAAUGACUAAUAUUGUGAAAAAGGCCAUAAAAUGUUGGAGAAAGUGUUGUAGAAGCUUUAAAUAAAAUAUGGAAGAGGCCAUUCAGUUAUGCAACCUAAUCGUGGACAUAGGAAGCGAGGACAUGAGCAACCAUGGCAAUGUCCAUGAAGCGGCCAAACGUACCUGGGCCAACCGAAAAAGAAAAACAUUCUCGGAUUCUGACUCAAAUUUGUCAGAAGAGGAAAAUGAAGAAGGCCUGGAUGUUGAUGGCGAUUAUCAAAAAGAACCCUACUCGAAAACACUUUUUAAGAAGAGAAAAACUUAUUAUGGGCCAAAAAAAGGUCCGGAAAUAACAGGAGUAACAGAAUUAGCAACUAAAUAUAAAAUUUUAACCGCAAUUCCUGCAAUAGAACGGCAAAAGAAUGGCCAAGAAAGCCAUCAUGAGGAGAUGGCGGACGAUAAAAUUGACCACUUGAUCCACAUAAACAAGGGGGAAUUUAAGAGGUUGGCAGAAACCUUGAUCCGAAAUCAAGAAGGGCUGAGAAUGGUGGUACUGCAGCAAUUAAAUAAAAAUAAUAAUGCCGAUCAGUCGUGGAAUUGCGCAGAUGCUUUUUCCACAAACGCUGUUUUGUCUACGCUGCCAUUCGAUAGCACGGCUGACGUAGAUAAUUUCAACACCCUACUGCAAAAUGCAGAUUUUAAAAAGUUAACGUAUCGAGCAUUUGACAGCAUUGGCGGAGGAAACGUGAGGAGCACAAUUUAUGGAAUCCUAAAAAGGAUAUUCUCCAACUACCUAGCGGUUAGCUGGACCUGGUGUGGUCGCUCGAAUAAAACUGAGGGCCUCCAAGCCCGCUAAAACAUUAUUAAAAUGAU